AUGAAUGAGUUAGGCUGGAUAACCGCCAUCCAAGUCGUAAUCAUUGUGUGUCCCUGUAGAGCCACUCCGCCGGAGUCUCGUUUCAAAUGGACCACGCUGGAUUGGCUGGAGGCCUUGAAUGUAAGCCAUGAAGUUCACAAUAUAACCACCACGGAUGGCUAUCAGUUGCAGUUACACCGGCUUCCACGCCCGGAAGCUAAAUCCGUGCUCCUGGUCCAUGGAUUGCUGGGCUCCUCGCUGGGAUGGGUCUGCCUGGGGCCAGAGCGGAGUUUGGCUUUUCAGCUGCAUCAACGCGGCUAUGAUGUGUGGCUGGCCAAUCUGCGCGGCGUGGCUCCAUAUGGAAGGCAGCACAGCGACUUGACCGACGUGAUGCCGGCAUUCUGGCGCUUUAGCUUUCACGAGCACGGCGCCUACGAUUUGCCGGCCAUAAUUGACCACAUGGCGGUGGUGACAGGUGGGGAAGAGCAGCCAAAAGGACGAGCAGGAGGAGGAGACCCAAAUGCCAGGGACCCACGCCAAGUCCUACUAAUUGGGCACUCGCAGGCCUUCAAUGCCUUCCUGGUGCUCUGCUCGGUGCAUCCGCGAUUCAAUGAACGCAUCCGGCUGAUGCAGGCCCUGGCACCACUGGCAAGACUGCGUCGACAGGUGCGCUUCGACUCCAACCAGGUGCGGCAUCUCAUGAAGUUUGUCAAGAAACGACAAAAAAGGAAGCAAUUGGAGAUAUUUCCUCCGGGUUAUCUACCAAAAAUAUGCCAAAGUAAGCGGGAUAUCUGUGAAUAUUACACAAAGCAACUGGCAGGCAGUGCCCAGAACAAUAAAAAGCUCCUUGAAGCCUUCAACUAUGAACAUCUUCUGCAAGGCGGUUCUGCCCGGGAGAUACGUCAUCUUCAACAGAUCUGGAAAUCGGGUGACUUUAUUUCCUAUGACUUUGGACCCGUCGAGAAUAUUCAGAUAUAUCGAGGCAUUGAAGCCAUAAACUAUAACAUUAGCCAGAUCACGGUACCAAUUAUAUUGUAUUUUGGUGAAACCGAUGCCAUUGCCACUCCCGAAGGUGUCCACGGGAUCUAUUCCCGGAUGCUCAAGUCUGUAAAGGGUGUAAGGCGCAUCAAUUCCCCCAAAUUCAACCACUUGGAUUUCCUCAUCUCCGGUGAUGUCAAGACCCUGGUCAAUGAUAAAUUAAUUGAGCAAAUGGAACAAUUUCUGGAGGGUCGAUUGCCCUACGUAAUUGAAUGACCGCCAAACAAUAAACAAAAAAAAAA